AGAAAAUUUAAAUUUAUUUUUAACUAUAUGAAUUUAUACUAUAAAAUUAUCUUUCUAAAUAUAUAAGUUUUAAGUUUUUAAAUUUAUAUAAUUUAAUAAUAUAAUGUGUGUUUAUUCAUGAAAAUCAUUUUAUAUUUAUACAUCAUAUUAUUUGUUUGCAAUAUUUUCAUGAAAACUGCUUAAAAACUGAAUUUGAACUACUUCAUGUAUAAAGUAUAAUUAUAAUUUUAUUAAAUACAAUAUUUAAAGUAAUAUGUGAUAUAUAAAUAUUUAAUUUACAAAAUUAAAAUUAUUUAAUCUCUAUAAAUAUUGAACUGAUUUUAAUAAAAUUCUAAAAUAAAAUUUCUUCUUUUAAUAAAAUAAAACGUCAUUGAAUGAAUUAAAGCGCCAUCUGGAAAAUAUUUCUAGAUAGAAAAUAUUUCUCGAACACGUAAUGGGUUCGUCUUUCACAUAUGACGCCAUAUUGUUCAAGAGGAACAGAAGGUGUAACCACGCCAUUGUGCACAUCAUAUUAAUUUUCGACUUUUUGCGUAAAUAAGAAGUAAAAAAUUAAUUAGGUACAUGGACAACAUGUACAGUAAUAAUAUUGACCCCUGGGAACCAGGUUAUGGUCCUGAAAGAAGAGGGCAUAAUUCAGAUUAUGAUUAUCGUAAUGAUUAUGGAAGUAGUAGAUCACCAGAGUAUGGAGAACAUCGUGACAAUGAUCAUAGAGAUAGAGAUCAUCGUAGUCCAGAAUAUAGAAAUCAUAGAGGUCGAGAUAGAGAUCGCGAAAGAGAUCGUUCAAGGGAUAGAAGGGAUCGUAGCAGAGAUGACAGAGAUCGUAAUUAUAGAGACAGAGAAGAUCGUUACGGAAGGCAAAGAGACAGAGAUUCUGUAGAAAGAGAGAGAGAUCGGGAUCGCGAUCGCGAUAGAGAUAGAGAUCGCUCUAGAAGAGAUAGAGAUAGAGAAAGAGAUCGAGAUCGUAGAGGGAAACGCGAGGAAAGAGAUCGGGAUCGUGACGACGAUCAUAGCCGUGAAAGUAUGGAUUUUGAGCACGACCAUGGACGUACUUAUGGUUCGUCCAUGGAAGGCAUCCACUACAAAUCUCAAUCUCCGAACAACACCAUAAUGAUUCGUGGGCUUGCUCAGCACAUUACAGAAAAUGACGUGCGGCAAGACAUCCUCAACUGUGGUCUCAUGCCCAAGGACAUCAGGCUAAUUCGUAAAAAGGAUACAGGUGCUUCGCGAGGUUUUGCAUUCGUCGAGUUUAACGCGACUCAGGAGGCCGCACGGUGGAUGGAGAUGAAACAGGGAGUACUGAUGCUGCAGGACCAAUAUCGUGCUUUGAUGCAGUACAGUAUACCAAAAGAUUGCCAUGUAGAUAAACCACCUGCAAAAAAUACACAAGAUUGGCAUUGUGUUAAGUGUGGUGCACAUAAUUUCAAGAGGCGUGAAACAUGUUUCAAGUGUUCUGCCUCUCGAGCAGAGAGUGAAGAAGGUGGCGAGGGUAGUGAUGAAAUUAGUCCUCAUCCUACGAAUACGGUUCUUCUUCGAGGAUUGGAUGUAUUGACGACCGAAGAUUCAGUUUUACAGGCAAUGAAAAAUCUUUCAUCAAUGCCGAUACGUAGCAUUCGUAUUGGACGUGAUUCACUUACAAAUACAUCAAGAGGUGUUUGUUAUUUAGAAAUGGGCAAUGUCGUUGAUGCUAUGUAUUUACACACAGCUCUUACAAAACAAGGAUUGGUAGUAGAUGGCAGAAAAGUGGAAAUUACUUAUUGUAAACUUCAUCAAAUAAAUAAUACCAAUACAUGGAAAGGAAAUGAUAAUCAACCACAAAGAUAUACUUUAGACGAUGUUGCUCAAUUAGCAGAAUAUAGCGCUAAUUUAUACGCUAAAACACCUGCUCAGAAAGCUCACUAUCUUCAGUAUUAUACACAAUAUUAUCAGAAUCAAAUAAUGCAAGGAUCUGCUAUUACUUUACCAUCUUUAAAUCAGACUGAUCGAGUGAAUGCAGCUGCAGCUGUAGCACAAUCUGCCAUACAACAAUUACAAGCAUCCAGAAAAUUAGGAGAUUCUGAAGAAAUGAAAAAUAGACCAACACCUACAGCACCUACUAGUACUGCUUUAGCAACUGGAAGAGUGCCUGCACAUGGUAGCGAUGGUAAAAUAUAUUCUGUACCAGAUGUUAGCACUUAUCAUUAUGAUGAAUCAUCAGGUUAUUAUUACGAUCCAAGUACAGGAUUAUAUUAUGAUCCUAAUUCACAAUAUUAUUAUAAUAGUCAUACGCAACAAUUCUUAUAUUGGGAUGCUGAAUCAUUUUCAUAUCAACCAGCAAAGACUGCUACAACUGUAGCUCAAGCAACAGGAACUACAUCUAGUGGAACUACAAUAACUGCGACAGCUAGUAAUACUGAUUCAACAAAUACGAUUACGAAUCAAGCAACAACUUCAUCAGUUACUACUGUGACUCAAGAAAUUUCAAAAGAAGAUGAAAAUAAAAAGAAAGACAGCAAACAAGAUAAAGUUAAAGUGGCAAAGAAAAUAGCAAAGGAUAUGGAACGUUGGGCAAAAACUUUGAAUCAAAAGAAAGAGAAUGCAAAGAGUAAUUGGAAUUCCGAAUUUGCUGGUGGUGAUGGUAAUCAAGGUGUUGGAAGUGGAGCUGCGGAUGCAGGAUAUGCAAUAUUAGAAAAAAAAUCUCUUGCAAAUUCUUAUCAUGAAGAUGAAGAUCAGAGUGGAAACAAUGGUUUGGUUGCUGCUUAUGGUGGCGGUAGCGAUACAGAAGAGGAAAUAGAAGAUGUGCAACAAGAAGAAAGACAACAUACAGAUUGGAGUAAAUUAGCAUGUUUAUUAUGUAAAAGACAAUUUCCAAGUAAAGAAGCAUUGCUUCGUCAUCAACAACUAUCUGAUCUCCACAAACAAAAUUUGGAGAAUUGGUAUCAAGUACGCGGUUUGGAUCCUAACGAUCCACAACAAAGAAACAAUAAAUAUCGCGAUCGAGCUAAGGAAAGAAGAGCGAAGUAUGGUGAACCAGAACCUCCACAACCAAAUAAACUUAAAGAAAAAUAUUUAAAAACUAGAGUUGAAGAAAUACCAGUAUCGUACGAAGAACCAACCAGAGCUGGUAUUGGUUCAGAUAAUGUUGGUAAUAAGCUUUUACAAAAAAUGGGAUGGAGUGAAGGUAUGGGACUUGGCAAGUCAAAUCAAGGUAGGACAAGUAUUAUCGAAGCGGAAAGAAGGGUUCCUACAGCUGGUUUAGGAGCGAAAUCAUCUUCAUAUAGUGCAUUACCGGGAGAUACAUACAAAGAUUGCGUAAAAAAAAUGAUGUAUGCGCGUUAUCAAGAACUAUCUGAUACAUAAUAUCUUGAAAUCAUUGAAAAUAGAUUUUAUAUAUAAAUAAUACUUGUACUCAAUUUUUCAUAGAUAAAUAGGUAUAUAUAUGCAUUAUCCGAAUAUGCUGGUUGUAUCUGGUAAUUAAAGCGUGAUAAUUCAUUCUUAGGAAUACAUAGAAUUUUUUUAUUAGCUUUUUUUUCUUUUACAAUUUGGUAUUAUAUUUUAUCAUUUUAGGAUUUUUGAAGACAACAAAGAAUAAUUAUGUUAUUAGAUAUAUUUUUUGCAUUGAACCUUAAUGUUAUCUUAUGAGCUGGCAGAAAAAAUACAAUGUUUUGACACUUUAUUCAUAUGACUUUUGAAGUUUACGAUAUAAUAAUAUGCAAUAAUAUAUAUGUUUCUUUAUUUAAUAAAAAUCAUAUAUAUUUAAAAAAUAUAUACCUAAGAAUGCAUUACAACUACCAGUAACUAAAUAAUAAUUCUCUCACUCAGCGAUUUUUGUCCAACUAUUUGUGCACAAUAUAGUACUUUUCGUACUUUAUACUGAAGCAUUAUGAAAUAUUUAACGAGAAUUAAUUUAUAUCAUUCCAUUUAAAUUUCGUAAUGCUUAUUAAAUAAAAAUUAAUUUGCAUACUUAUGAUUCAGUACAAUUAAAUUCAUCACUAGUGAAUAUCACCAUUAUCGUAUAUUUAUUAAUUAUACUGAUUUACAUUAAAUUUCAUGAUUUAUGAUGUAAUUAUGUCAAUUUUACGUGCAUACAUAUAUAUGUAUAUAUAUAUAAGAAGAUAGUUAUAUUUAUACUCUUACAUAUAUAUUUCAUAUUUCUUUUUAUUAUGAUUUAUUCCGUAUUUUUGAAGAUCACAAUCUUCACUAUACAUACACAUUUCUACAGUCAUUCAUACAUUUUAUCGUUAUUUUUUUAAAUUACACAUGCUAAACCCAUGUAAUAAAUAACAGGUUGAAAGAUAAUAAAAAUAAGGCGUUAUUGCUUAAAAUACACUCCUAUUUAUCUUUAAAUGAUUAAAAACAUUUUGUUUUAGUAAUUAAAAUUUAAAUAUAAGAUUUAUAAAAAAAAUAGUGUAUUCUUUCAUGUUCAAUUAAUUAUACUUAUAUUCUUUGAAAUCAAAAAAUUAUUCAUUAAAAUAUGACAAAUAUAUAAUCUUAAAUGCUUUGAAAAAAAAUUAUAUAUUAUUUUCGAAACAAAAUUUACAACUUUAUUUUUAUUCUUUUCAUUUCUUUUCUGAAACAUACUCUAAUAUUCACUAGAGCAAUUGUACAAGUAAAAUAUUUUCAACAAUGUAAAAUUUUUAAUUUAAUCAUACUAGACAUAAACUCUAAAUCUUAUUCUUCUUUACAUAUAUAUAUAUACAUAAAUUUAUCACAUUAUUUAUUCAAAAAUUAGUUUAGUAAGUAAUAUUUAUGAACUCCAAAAUUACUUAAAAUAUCUAUUAUAUCUAUUAUAUUUCAUAUUUAUAAUUAUGAACUUAUUCAAAUUAAUAACUUAAUGUAUCUUAGAUUUUCAUUCAUUGAUGGCAUUAUAAUAAUACUAGUUUUUUCUGUUGAUAUAAAUAUAAUACUAAAAAGUAAUAUUGAGUAUUAAAAAUUUAAGUUAAUAUCAAUAUAUCCAUAGAAAUAAUAUAUAAUCCAUAUUAGAAAUAUCACUAUUAUUAUAUUACUAUUGAUAUAUUUUGAUUUUUUUAAAUUAUUAGAGGAACAAAUUGCAAUUUAUUUAUAUAGAAUUUUCGUACUAUUCAUACUAUUAAAUCUGCAUUUGCUUCCAAAAAAAUUACUUUCAUAAAAUAUUACAUAUCUAUAUAAUAUAUUCUUUAUUUUUUUAAAUAUAUUAUAUAGUAUUUGAAAAAUUAUAAUAGAAAUUUUGUAUCUAAACUUUAAUAUCAUAUUACAAUAUUAAUGAUUAAUUAACUAUUAUCUUGAUUAAUAGUUUGUUUACUUAAUUAUAUACUUGCAACUUAUUUCCUAAUAUAUUAUUAUAAUAUCUUUGGUUUGAUUUAUAUUACAAUGAAAUGUUAAAGAAUUUAUAUUUUAAAUUGCAGAGUUAUAAAUAAAAUAUUAUGUAUUAACAUAAAAA